CUUUGGGCUGAUAAAUGACUAACUCGACUCUGUAGUAAAUCCUGUGCAGUGGCAAUACAUUUUUUUGUGAAAUAAGCACAACACAUGUACAGUUUAAGCAAAAAGAAACAAAACAAUCAAAGAUACCAUGUUUUUUUUAUUGAAAAAAACAUCUGGUCAGAGGUGAAAUCCAUUAACUGAACUGACUUUUCACUGACAUGCCUUUGUGAGAAGAAUUUUGUUCUUCUUGGUUAAUUACAGUAAAAUUGAAUAUUUUACCUUUAGGUUACUGUAAUAUACUAGUACAUUAUUGUAAUGCAUUAGCUCAGGCCUGAUGGAUGGCUACAACUGUGUUAUAAGACGUAUUAAGGUAAAAAUCCUAUGUCUUGUCUUAUUCAGUGAAAAUUACAACAAAAAUCUUUCGAUAAAUCCCCGCCUCAGGGCCGCAGAGACUGUUUAUUUUUCUAAAAAGAGGAUCAAGACUCACUUUUUUAACCAGACUUUUCUCUGAUUGCCUUUUUAUAUUUCUUUUAUUGCAAAUGUUCAUUUUAAUCAAAGUUCUGAAUGUUUCUUUAAUGUAAUCUUAUUAGUUAUCUCUGUUCUCAGUCUAUUUCUUGACUAGAGGUUUUUACUUCUUUUAUCCCUUUUUUUUUGUAAAGAGCUCUUACUUAUUUGUUCAUUUUAUUUGAUUUUCUUGUUUUAGUCCAUCAGGUUUUAGUCUUUCUUUUCACUGUUUUUUAUCUUUUAUCUCCAGUGUUUCUCAAAGGUAGCUCUUUCUUUACCCAAUGUCUCGGUGUCAGGCCAUGUCUCUUUAACAACAUAUCUUAAAUUCUCACUCUGUGUGCGCUUGUGUGUGUCUAUGUGUGGGUGGGAGGUUCGGGUUCUAUUGUUGUUUACUUGUUGUUUUUGAAAUUCAAAGUCUGAUUAUGAUGGAAAAAAUAUUGAAAUUUGAAAACUGGACUUAUCCUGAGGUUGUCUUUUCUUACUUUGCCCACCAGGGGUCAGUCUUUCAUUUGCUUCUGUUAUGUCAGGAUUUGUCUGGUUAUCUAAAAGAAAAUAGGAGAGGAGAAAAAAAGAGGGGCUGGGAAACAAAAACAAAAAACUGUGGGAAAACUUUUCUUUUACUGUAAGUUGUAAUUUUAGCAUCAAAAGGUAUGUGUUUUUUUUUCACUUUAGCUCCUUUCUGCUCCAUUCACCUCAGCAUGUUUCCACCAAAGCCCUGCCAGAUUUUCCCCCGUUUUGUUGGCUUGUGUAAACGGAGACACUUUAAAACGUGUGAAGCGUUAUUCAGCAUGACAAUACCCCACCAGAACAAUACGGCCUCAUUGUUUUUGGUUUGAUGUAAACAUACAUUGUGCAGCCCUGCAUGUUGUGUGUGUGUAUGAUUGUGUGUGUGUGUGAACAGGCAGUAAAAAUAACAGCCAGGUUUAGACUCGGUGAUGAUGUCACGGCCGGGAUGCCAGGCCCACGUGCGGCAGCAGUUGGUUCCAGCCUCGGGGAGUGUCGACAACAACCGGACUGCGCAGCACAGGCGCAGUCGUACACGGGGCUAGAAAACUAAUCCAACCUUUUUGGGGAUUAUCUCUAUCAUCCAUAUCUGAAACGACGACACGGUGGGACGCUUCCUCUCUCCAGUUCGGCGCUGUUUGAUGUCACCUUGCGUCUUUCUCCCCCCCUCCUCUAUCUCCUCCUCCUCCCUCUUCUUGAUGAUGAUUUGGGAGGAAGAUGCGCCGGUCUGAAAUUUCCGUUGACCUUCUCCUCCUUCUCGGCUCCUCAGCAGCAUCGAAGCAUUGUGAAGAAACGCUGCUCCUCCUUCUAACGCCACAGAUCUCGGUAGAAACACAGGUGCUCCGCCGCCUUUUCUAGCCGCUAAUCUUUGAUUGUCCGUUUUAAUCAAUCAAGACCGAGGCAGAUGCCCCUCGCUCUGUCAUCCCGGCUUGUACUAUGGUGGAGUUUCCAUCUCUCAGUCCUUACUGGCCUCUCCUCCGCUUCCUGGUGCCUUUGGCUAUCACCAAUGUUGCCAUCGACCUCGGAGAACAGGUAACGUUUCUGUCUUUAUCUCCUAACCACAGCUUUAUCUCUGCUAGCAGCGGCUAACGGCUCAUGCGGACUGUAUAUGAUUCAGCCUCAGAGGGAAUUAUGUUUCUGUGUGCUGCUGCUUUCACCGAGCAUCAAUAUGUGAGCUCCAGAAAACACAAACAGCGUCUUCUGCUCACUGACACUCAACAUGUCGACGCCGUUUUUGUCACUCAAGCGUCUGGUUAUGUUGAAACUAGAGCUAGCUUAGCAGUGAGAGGCUUUGUGAAGAUAUCCAUUGGGGUUUAUUAUACAUUAUUUAGGAAGAUAGGAGGCGUCUGGACUCAUCACGCAAAGAGGCCCCUCUCUACAGGGGCGUAUUCAGAGGGGUUCUCAGGGGUGGCAUGCCCUCUCUACUUGGUGCCAUUUUUAAAUUUUAAGCUUAUUACCGGUUGGACUCAUGUUAUAACAACAAUUUGGGCUUUAUUUCAACUAGGUUCGAUCAUGGUGAUCAGCAGUGAGCGUAUUUACUCGAUCAAACAUAGUGGAAAUGUGCGUCACAACAGCCAAUCAGAGUCAAGCUUUUCCUGCUCACUUCUGUAAAUUACCGGAGAAGUAAACAGAAUGACCAAACGUGGAGCUAAACGCGAAGCUGAGGGCAGCAAAAUAGAUAUUAGCUGUGACUUUGAGUCAUCCUUCGAAGAUGUUAUUGUUGAGAAGUUAUUCAACGUCGGUUGUGUGGUGGUGGUUCGGGUAUCUCCAAAGUGAUGUCGAGUAAUUAAGCCGAUUUGCGAGGUAUGUCGGGGUAUGUUGUGCCCUCAAAAACCGGCAACAUAACAAAUCUGUUUAGAAGUUCUUCCAAGUGAUUAUGCGGAAAGCAUGAAAAUGCGGAGCGGAGUCUGCACUGCCUGUCACUGCUGACGGCACGAGUAGUAUUAGCAGUUUAGCUUAAACUAUACUACAAUGUUUUCAUCAUCUUUUUAUUAUCGCCGAGGGGGGGGGUUGUUUAUUUUGGGUCUUGCAUACCUGCAAAAAGACUCAGGUCUGUAAACUAGUUCACUGUUUAAAUUAGUAUUUAUCUACAUUUGUUGUAUUGUUGAGUUAAAAUGUUUUAUAUUUUACUAAGUGUAUCUUAUUCUUUGUUUUUACUUUAUAUGUCAAAAUGUUGAACUCUUCUCUAGUUUCUUUAGUUUUUAGUACAGAUGCAUUAAAACUGGCAGUUUAAAAAAAGUCUAACAUGAAUAAGUAACAAAUCAUUAAUACUGGAUCUACCGGUGUCUGCUCACUCUCCAUAACCGGGGAUAGCAACAACAUCGCAGUUAAAUCUACCCUGCAUCCUCGCUGUCAACAUUCUGUGUUGAAUAAGGGACCGUCAAUAAAUUACCGGUUGAUGUUCUCAGGAAAGGCUGUUUUCCUUCAAUAGCUUCCAUGUCAUACGACCAAUUGACCUAAAAUUGAUUUCAAAUAAUAAUUCUCAUGUCGACCAAUAAGACACACCUCCUUAUUUCCCUAAUUUGUUACAUUUUUAGUGUUAAAUUUAGAGGCAAAUUUUGAACAUUUUCUUCAAUAGCUUCCAUGUCAUGUGACUAAAAGGCACCUACGGCUUCUCUAACCACCACCACACAACACUCACAUUCAUACACCAGUGGAGGACAGACACUGGGAGCAAGGUGGGUUAAUUGCUUGCCCAAGGACACAACAGACAGACUAGAAUUGAACCACUAACCUUCCAGUUAUUGGACGACCACUCUACCUCCUGAGCUAUUGCCACCCCACGAUUAUCGGUUUAACUCCCCACGGUUCAUCUCUUUCAUUUCCAGAUUAAACAGCCGAGUUUACACAAACACUCAUUUAGAUUGUAUUCUGUUUUCAUUUCGCAUAUGCUGUUUUCUCACCUUUUGUGACUUGAGAUUGCAAAAAAUCAUAAAACGUCAGCUCUCAAUAUGUGUGCCAUUAUCAAGGCAGUCUUCUGGCUUUACAUGUCAAAAUGGGCAGAAAUGAAGCAAGAUUGUCCAAACUAUCAAUAGUUGCUAAUCUGUUGUUACUAUUUGAAGUUCAAAAAUAUCUCCUUGUCUCAGAUUCUUAUGCUAGUAAUAAAAGUAAACAUGAUUACUGGCAAUAAAAAAGGAAACAAACACAAUCUGUUAGUGUUAAGUAUGCAUGUAUACACAUGCCACCCUAUUAAGUUAGUGCAGGGCUGGGCCACCCCAGUCAUAAAAGUCUGGACAUGCCCCUGCUUGUUUAUUUUUGUUGUGUGUUUUUCAUAAACACAUAUGUUGAACUCCUGUUGAUAUUUAUCCUCAUUUAUCUAUCAUCUUUCUGUUAUAUGUUAGUCCUCUGUUUAAUCAGUAAAUCUGGCUCAGGCCUGUUUGUGAUGACAGAGCGUGUACCAGGCUUUUUUCUUCCUCUUAUAAUCGUCAUAUUUUCCUGUUCGGACAUUUCCUGCCCUUUGUCAGACAUAUGACUGUUCUGGUGGCUGCCCUCUCCCGAGAGACACUGGGCAGAUAGUGUGAGAAUGAAAAAACACAUUGUGACUCGGAGAUGUUAGGAUUAAGCUUAUGUAAUGGCUCUGUUAGCUGGUAUAAAUAGCACACAGUCCUGCAAAGGAAGGACAGCUGUAGUAGUCGCUCUGAAGGUAAAACUGAAAGGAAAUAAAUCAGGGAUAGAGAGUUGCAGGUGCUUCCAGUGCAAACAUUAUAAUGUCAGCUCUCGGUAGUCAAAGGUCUGGUUUUUAUUGUGCAUAUAAAGCAAAUCUGUAUCUUUAAUUUUGAUUUAGACCCGUGUGGAGUAGCACUUGCCAUCUGGUCAGAGAUAAAGUUAGGCUCGUCACAGACAUGUGAGCUUGUCACGCUGCCAUACUGAACUCCUCUUCCCCUUUCAUGUGUGUCCCGUUCCCCUGACACCUCACCCUCUCCACGGUAUAUUUUCCAGGCCCUCAACAGGGGCAUAGCCACAGUCAAGGAGGAUGCGGUUGAAAUGCUGGCCAGCUACGGUCUGGCCUACUCCCUGAUGAAGUUCUUCACCGGGCCUAUGAGCGACUUCAAAAAUGUCGGCUUGGUGUUUGUCAAUAGCAAGAGGGACCGGAGGAAGGCGGUGUUCUGCAUGGCGACGGCUGGGGCCAUUGCGUUCGUGCUUCACAUCCUGAUAGGUGUGUUUUAAGGGUUUGUUUGUGCACGCGUGAUGACACGCUGUGCUUAAACCAUAUGCUGUAAAAAGAUGUUUUGGUUUUGCCACAAACUAAAGUUUCAAUUUUUCUCGCACCAUCUGGCAGCUUUCUUUCUUUCUGCUGCACAUGAUGAUUAAAAAUGAUGAAAAUGAUCAACUCAAUUGUGUUUUUUACAGCUUAUACAGAUUUAGGAUACUACAUCAUUAAUAAGCUCCACCAUGUGGAUGAAUCUGUGGGGCAGAAGACUAGGAAAGCUUUCUUAUACCUGGCUGCAUUCCCCGUAUUGGAUGCCAUGGUGAGUUUACAGUACAUAAGGAUUAUUCUACAUGACACGUUUUGCAUGCGAGUGUGGAUUUAAACACACCUGACCUAGAAAAGGCACAUUUAAAAUCCUCUAACCAUGCCAGUGAAAGUGCAUUCCCUGCUUAGUGUAGCCUGUCAUCCAGCUGCGGUUGAGAAAACGGCAAAAAUAGAGCUUUUGUCUACGGGUAACAUCUCUGUUCAUUGUUCUGUUUGAAGGCGUGGAUCCAUGCAGGGAUACUUCUCAAGCACAAAUACAGCGUCAUAGUGGGCUCAGCCUCCAUCUCUGAUGUUGUGGCACAGGUAAUUUAAACCAUUCUUCAGUGUUGCUGUAAUGCAGACCGUGGCUGCAUUCUUUCCGGAGGCUUUGGUGUUUAUUCUUGCAUUUCUUUCCCUGCAGAUUGUGUUUGUGGCCAUUCUGCUCAACAGUAACCUGGAAUGUGUGGAGCCGUUACUCAUCCCAAUCCUCUCCUUGUACAUGGGUGCCUUGGUCCGUUUCAGCAUAGUCGGUCUGGGUUACUACUGUAAUAUCCACGAUAGCAUCCCAGACUCCAGUGGGCUUGAUGUGGGAGUAAGUUUGGCCUUUUUUCCUUCCAUUGAGUUGAGUUGAUGAAGGGAGAUUUCUGCAAAAAAAAGAAUGGAGUUUGUUGAAAUACUUGCAUCCCUGCAGGGAGACGCCACGAUCAAAAAGAUGCUGAGUUUUUGGUGGCCCCUGGCACUCAUCCUAGCCACUCAGCGCAUCAGCCGACCCAUCGUCAACCUCUUUGUUUCCCGCGACCUCAAAGGGACCUCUGAUGCUACUGAGGUGGGUGCAUCUGCAAUUUAAAUCACUGAAUGUGUCUCAGCUGUUCAGCAAGGAAUUUCUUGUCGUGUACAGAAGCCAUGAACUGCCCUGCGUAAAGAUAGUAUUUAAUGGCUUUAUGUUGAGGUCACACGUUUUUUAUGAGACAACUAAGCUUUUAUUGGCCUGUUAUGAAAUGACUGAUAAACAUACAGUUAGGGGUUAUUUUGACAACAAAAAAAAACGAUUUUCCAAGAAGGUUUAUCAUGUGAAUAAUCACCUUUUUUCCCACUUGGAAAUGUUUGUCUGGAUCAGUUGAUCACAUCUAAAUUCAGCUGUUGCGUCAUGACUCAAGGGCAGAUUUAAAACUGAACUGUGACGAGAGUCAACUUUGACACAGUUUCAUAACUGGAAGUUAAAAGGAUGAGCAAGCCAAAAGAAGAGAAAAAAAAAGCCAUUUAUUCUCAACGAGGACGUCAAAACCUGCCUCGUGUGGCUAUGAGCAACUGGUCACAUGUCUAAAAACCCCCCUGAAGGAAUUGUACUUUUUUUGAAGGCUUACUUGUAUUUUAAUUGCAAAUGGAGAAACCACACCUAACACCUGAAAGUCAGAGUCAUCCUGAAGGCUUGUGCAUUGAUCAAUAUUUGGUCAUCCCUGAUGUGACAGUGUUACAGCUGUCUGGAUGUUUUUUAUUUUGCUUUUUCAUAUUUUAUUAUUUACUGGCCAGGAAACCCUCAUUAGAGUUAAAAAUCUCUUGUACAAGAGUGUCCUGGUUUAGACAGCAGCAGCACGUUCCAACAAAGUUAAAAACGUACAACACGGAAUUUUAAAAAAGUCGAUAACAUAUAUUUCAUCACAUAUUCAAAAUCAUCUACAGCCUGGUGCAUCUUCCUCCAGUGUAUGCAGUCUGCUUUCAAAACAGACCAGCUCCUUCAGAUCCAUAUUCCCCUGCAGCAAAUUCCAAACCAUUGGAGCAGCAUACCUAAAACUCCUUUGACUUAUUUCAAGACACACUCUGGGGACAGAAAGCAAAAAUAAGUCCUGUGUCUGGGUCACAUAGUGAAGACUAUGGCUUCAGACAUUUUUCAUAUUAAUUACAUCACAUACAUCACAAGGGGAGCAAGUGAAGAAUCGCAGUUUGAGGCUGAAGAUUUGUGAUGAACCUCAGAGCUCCGUGAUAAACAGUAUCCAGGGAGUAAAGGCUUAGAGACGCCCAGCGGCAGCUUCAACUUCUUAACAAGUUGCUGAAUGUAAAGUUUAAAAGACAGAUAAUCACCAAUUAUGAAUUCUAGUAUCUGUAAGAAGAUACAGACUCAAUAAUUUCACAUGGAGACAUAGUAAUAGAUGGUAGGUUGAAUGACUCUGUCUUUGAGUUUGGAAAAGUCCCGUGUUUAGACUCAUGAAAGGUGUCUUUCACAGUAUCGAAGGUGUCAAUUAGAGCCUGAUACUGUGUUGGAGCAGAGCAAUAAAUAACAGCAUCAUCUGCAUACAAAUUUAAAUUUGCUUCAGAGACACUUUGACUAACACGGUUGAUAUAAACUGUAAACAACAGAGGCCCUAAAACAGAGCUCUGAGGCACACCAUUUAUUAUUUCAAGAGGUCCAGAGGUGAUACCCUCUGCCUGCACACAUUGAGAUCUGAUUGAUAAAUAAAGGUCAAACCAGCAAAUACAACAUGAUCUCUGUUUAAUAACAAGUCAGUAGAAGUGCUGCACAGAGUUUCUUAUUCUCUAAGGACUCAGUAAAUUCCUCAAUAGUACUCCUGAUCCCUGAUAAACAUUACAAGUAACAACUAUCUUUAAUUUCUCUUGGUUAAAGGUUGACUUCCUUGUUUUUUUUUAUAUGAUAGAGCUUGUUAACAUGUGGUCUCCAUACAUCUCCAAGCAUCAUAAAACAACCGCUUGCACGGCUGCUUUUGGCUUCUGUACACGUGACCGAGAGGAAUCAAGUUCUGUUAUUAUAAAUGUUCAUGAGGUUCUACAAAAGUAGCCGCAAAUGACUUAAUUACAGACUUUUUUUCGAUAUGUGAUGUCGUUCAGCGGGACUUUACAGCUCUGUGUUUUCCUUCACUUAUUUCCCCUCAAGUUACUGCAGAUGAGCCGUUAGACGCUCGCAAACUCCCCUCUGGAGCGUUCUGGCGUGCACAGACCCUCACUACUAGAGACAAUACAAAGCUGUUUACCAGAAUGAACUGGACUUCAUUGACAACACUGGCUAACAGUGGUUUGGGUGAUUCACAGCGUUCAUAUGGAGUUCAGGGCGUGAUCACAGCGAGUGAAAACAUUUGCACAUGUCCCCACUGUUCCUGCGUAAAGCUGCACACUGGCAGUUGUUGUUUUGGACACAAUAACAACCUCGAGGCUGUUAUCCUAAUAUAAACUUGUGAACCAAAACCAAAACACUCACUGGUGGGAAGAGAAACAGAGAGAGAGGUGUUGCUUUCAUCUCUGCUAUUGUGAGAUGCCAGUCAUGAAUUUAGCUGUGUAUUCUCAGAGUGGUAUUUUCAACGUGAAAUUCGCUGUGUGCUGGUGACUUACAGCGUCUGUGUCUUUGUCAUUCCAGGCCGUGGCAGUCCUCACAGCCACAUACCCUGUGGGUCACAUGCCGUACGGCUGGUUAACAGAGCUCAGAGCAGUGUACCCUGCUUUUGACAAGGUAAUGACUUCCCCCCCCUGCAAGAGGGUGGUUAAAAUUUAUUGUAUCUUCGUUUUGUCUGGCAGCUAAUUUUCUCUCCUUACCAACAGAACAAUCCCAGCAACAAGCUGAACGCUGGCACUCCUGUCAACAAGGCGCAUAUUAAAAAGUUUACAUUCUGCUGUCUGGCUCUAUCCCUCACGGUAAGAUGAUCAUGCAUAUUUGAGUCUUGUAGUAAAUGGUUACAGCCUCUCAGGAGAUGUCAUUGAAGGGGUACUUCACACCGUCAACUUUCCCCCAGCUCAUGAUGAGUUAAAAUAAGCGACUUUUUUAAUUAGCUCUUAAACUGUGAAAUGCCUGCGCUGACCUGUGAAAGCAGUCAGAUUAGAAAAACAAAAUUAAAGCUAAAGCCCUCUUAUUCAUGUCACUGAGCCUCCGCAUUGUGCCCCUCUUCCCCUACCCUCUGCCAAACCGUGCUGCAGUUUCAAAAUUAUGCAAUAGGCAGAGUCAGGCUCAGCCACGGGGGUGAAGCAACCUUUAAUUACAGCAGGGAAAAAAAAGGUGUGGUUGGCAGUUGUUUUUGUUGUCUCUGUGAAAACAAUCCUGAACGUCUGGCUUGAAUUUGGAUAAACAGACUGACAGAUGAUUAUCUAUUGAUUUACAAUCUGCAAAUUUGAGGAUUAACAGGUUUGGAUGAGUCAUGUUACCAUGAAAUCAAUGAGAAAAUCAAAAUGUAAGGAUUCUUUCCAGUUUUGAUACAACUCAAGUAAUUCAUCAUUGGCUGUGGAAAACUAUUCCAGGUGUUUUCAGGUGUGUUCCUAUCUUGUGUUUUUUGGAAAGACAUAUCCUGUUUUGCUACACUCAGCAAAACAUCCCCACCCAAAAUACAAUCAUUUAUACUCUAACCGUUCUUUUCGCUUUAUAAACUCUGUUACAUAAGUUAUAAUCUACUUGAAGUAGUGUACUUUGAAUUAAAAUCAAAGUUUUUAAGUGCAGAAAAUAAAGUAACUUCAGAGAAAGUCAGAGAAAACACCCAAACGAAAACAUGACAAACAAUCGUUGUGUCAAAGUAAAGUCAGUGAAUGUGCCACAUGAAAAAACUGGAUGUCUGCGUCAAUUUGGCUAAAAGUCAUCAGUUGACAGAGAAACACUUGACUCUAAAACACUGUUAGCGUCUGCAGCUGCAAUUUAUUAAACAUGUUGACAGAAUCCAACCUCAGUUCAGCCGAGUUUGAUCCCGAAUAAUGACUGCUGAAAUUCUGAACCAGCUUAGAAAGGUUGGUUACAAGCCCAGACUAAAUCAAAGCGGAAAGACAAUCAGGACUCAAUAAGGAGAUAUAAGUAAUGAGUGAAAGUUUGAAUUAUUAUAACUGGGCAGUGAGCAUGUGUCCACUUUCUGAUUUCUUCUAUCUGCUUAGUAAUAUCUCAUAGAUCUAGACGUCGUUUUCUGUUUGUAAAUGUGAGUUUGUUUAGGUAUCAGUUGUAACCCUCUUUUGAAGCUUAACAAACUAUUGUACCCUGCCGUACGUCUGUGAGUUUAUUUGUUUAUUUGUUUGUUAAGGAUACCCAUUAGCUGAAGCCAUAGCAAUCAGCUAGUCUUCACAAUAAAUAAAAUCACAAUAAAAAUUGUAUAAUCAAUAUAUGUCGUAAAUUCAAAGGGUUAAAAAGCAGAAACUCAAUCUGGCAAACAAAAUACAGUAAAAAUAUCCAGGGAGAGAGAGAGAGAGAGAGAGAGAGAGAGAGAGAGAUCCCAAUCAUCCCAAUGUUAGUAAAGUGCACAUGGACACUAUAAAUAGGUCUGUAGCCUGUUCAUUUCAGACAUUGCUCUCAUUAAGUCAAAGGGUCAUUUAAAUACAUGGACCCUGCUCAGUGGUUGAUACAGCUAGUAUUGAGUUCCAUGACAGGGUCUCCUACAGUUAAAGAGUAUUAGUUUACAGUCUGUGCUGUCCUUCAGCGAAGCGUGACCUCUCCCUCAGUUAACAGCCGUUUUAAAGCAGUAGCCAAAGAUAAACACACACAUCUAUAUGUACAGAAACACACACCUAGUCAGUGCCUGGCUUUUUCAAAUCCUGUUGUUAUGCAGAUCAGGCGAUACUGUAUGUCGGUCAGAGUUGAACUCCAUCACUGUCACAACCAGCCAAGUGUUAUGCGGAAACAUGUUUAACAUAGUUUUUUGCAUGGUAUGCCAAAGGCGCUGCUAUCAGUCUUUUCUCACUCAAUCACCAAAGCGGGUUGUUUUGUCAGGGAUGAAGGUAGAAUUAAAGAGCCAUAAAACAAAGUCUUCACGCUGGAGCUGAUGGGGAGUCACAGCUUUGCUACAGGCAUACUGAAUGUACUUUUCCUCUGCCAUCCUGUUGUGGUUUCAGGUUGCAGAGAGAAGGAGACACAUUAGGAUGGAAUUUGUGAAGGGGCAGAGGGGCUUUUGUGUGUCCCCCUCCCAACACUCCCACCCAUGCUUUAAGAGCUUAAUAAAACAGGCAUUCACAUAAAACAUAUCAGUUAACACAUUCCUAAAGCCCCAUGCAGGUGUACUUUCUGCUAAGUAAUGAGCGCUGCAGUCACAUUAUGUACACUUCUGCAAAGGGAGUUUUGUUUUUCAGCAAAAUAUUUGGAUAAUAGUCCAGAAAAAGACAAUCCAGUCUUUAUGAUCAGAUUUUCCUCGCACUUUCUCGAACAAUAGGCAAAAUUAAGCGUGUUUUGUAAAAGAGGCUGUUUGCCUAAGUUAGUUAUCUUAGCAGCCUGAAUAAGAAAAACAGGAAGUUUGUGGCCAUGGUUAGUUCUAAUGGGAAAAGAAGGAGGGGGAGGAGGCUGGCGCACCAGAUGUGGAUCCCAGGGCUGUAAACAUGUACAUGAGGGUGUGUGCUCAGCUCAGCACAACAGGCAGAUAGGUACGGCCCGUAGAGGUGUUGAAAACACAAGUUGACAGACCUCAUGCCAGGACUUGUUCUGAUGACACAUGAAGGAAACGCAACCAAAUGCAAAACAGCAGAGAAAGUAGAAAGUAGUCCUCCUGAGAAAGGAGCUUAGCAGUGUUCUAGGGGGAGGAAAUGUCACUUUUUAAAAACAACCUGGAUGUCAAAGCAGUGAGUGUGCAUGUGUCACCUAGUUUAGAAAAACCUCAGCUGAGUCAGGGGAGACGGCGGUUUACCUCUGGCCACACAUAUUAGUUAUUAUGCGCCUUAUCCUGCUAAACAAACAUAGACGGUCAGGUGAUACAAAAUGAAAUCAUCAGUUCCAUGUAAUCUGUUUUUAUAUCCUGGUUAAAGGGAUCAGAAACCACAAAACCACAUCAAAGACUUCCCAGCCAAUCUCCAUUUCCUUCAACAUAUGUGAGUCUUUAAGAAGAGCAAGAUUGUUAAAUGUUUAUGACAUCGCUCUGGGCGGUUAAAGUUUGUUUCACUCUCCGGAGAUAGUAGUAUUUUUGUGUCAAACUUUUGCUUAUUUUCUUCAGACAUAAAGUAUGACUCAUAACGAGCGUCAUACAUUUUUUACAUGUUUUCAUCUGGAGGAAGUAUUUGUCCCAACAAAUCAGCCUCAGAGGAUGGGUGCUGGAAUCAUGAGAGACUCUGCUGCUCUUGGCUGGCUGACGAGUAGAUGUGCUGCCACAUUUAAAACACUUGCAGAAAUUUGACUGUCAUGUUGUUGGAAGGUCAAAACAAGAGCUUAGAGAACAGAUGCACGGUACCUGAGCAGACACUCAAAUCAGGCCUGAUGUUGUAUAGGAAAAAGCUGAAAGACAGCGACCAGAACACGCUUAAUUAUAGUUCGUUGGUUAUCAAUCAAGAUGCCAAGAUUUCUUGCAGUCAGAAACAGAUCUGGAUACUAAUGUUUCACUGGACUGUAAACACUGACUUGGAUCUCUAGAAUUUGAGUCUUGAGCACUUGAAAGUUGCGCCCAACCCCCCUCGUGAGGCAGAAUGACACUUCACUGAGAUAGUAGGGUUGUCAGGUGAAAAACAGGUAAAACUAGGUAUCGGCAGCAUGACAGCAGAUAAGAAAGCCAUCGGACUGAAGAGUCAGACCAUCAACAGAGGUAACCAUGAAGGAAAACAAGGGGACAGAGUACAGAUCUUUGUGGUAUCCCGCUGGGAGGGAAGUUGAGGAUGAACUGAUUUCCUUACCAUUCCACAUGACUGAUCCCUGUGAACCUCGAACCCUGCCAUGAACUAAUGGCUUAGCCAUUGUAGUGCAGUCAAGAUGCCUGGUUCAGAUAUGGUAUACAAGAUUACAGAUCGUAAUCUAGAUGUGGUUAGGUCUAGUGCUUGUGCAAGGAGUCGAGUAGCUACUAAAAUCAGCACUGAUGUUUCUGAUGACAGCAAAAAACUGAAUGACAGAGCCUUGUCAAAGUUCGUGGGUAUUUAUUUAAGAUGCCCCAGUUUCUCAGCAGCAACCUUAGCAACACAGAGUUAGAGACCCCCUCGAGAGAUGAAUGUUGCCGACCGCUUGCUUCUCUAGUUAUACCAACUUAAGUGAUGAGUUUAAGGAAGCACUUUUUGUCGGAAAGGCGAUAACUUGAUUAUGUUGGUAGAAGAGGGAACAUGCUAUUGAUGGUAGGAUGGCUUAUCUACAUGAAUAUCUACAGGUAGACCACAAGACUUUUGAUGGGUGAGGUCUUGACAGAAGGUGGGCUGGGCACCACAGCAUUUCCAUUCAUAAAAAUACUCAGCACUAAGAGCCAGAUACAACACAGCUGAUAGAGUUUAUUUUCUGCUCACAGCUGAGACAACACCAGAUUAAGCAAGACUGAGGCAGUCAGAGUGAGUCAGAGUGUGAGCAGAAAAACACCUUUUAUGGAUCUCGAGACCCCCUGGGGCUUUAUCUAAGUUCAUGGACUUGCAGAGAAACCAUCUUUACACAGUUUUAAACAAAUGAACUGAAUUAUUCAUAUUCAUUUUUAAAACUCUCUGAAUUGGUUAUUAUACAGUUACACCUUUAGGUGCUUUGGUAGUGGUGCACGUGCCUCAGCAGCACUCUUUCUAGAAACAAUAGCAUUGUCCGUCAUGUGUUUCAUGUGGGCUUCAAAGGCUCGCGUUGAAUGUGAAACCCCUUGAGUUAAUGAACUGAUGAAAUCUAAUGAGGCAACCGGGCGACCCUUUUGUGGCGCUGCGGACGCAAACAAUUAAUUCUCUUUUGUCCGUUUUGUGUCCAGCUUUGCUUUGUGGUGUUUUGGACUCCUCACGUAUCAGAGAAAAUCCUGGUUGAUGUCAUCGGAGUGGAGUACGCUUUCGCCGAGCUGUGUGUGGUCCCGCUCCGGAUUUUCUCCUUUUUUCCUCUGCCAGGUAAGACACUCCAUUGAUGUUUUUCUCUUGAAAGCAUCAUCGUCCAGCUGGAUUUUCCUUCCUGCUGCGGCUUUAAUCGGGGCGUAGCUGCAACAGUGGGGUGAUGUCUCCACUUACUCUGUGUGUGUGUGUGUGUGUGUACUGUAUGUGUGUGUGUCUGCAGUGACUGUUCGGGCUCAUUUGACUGGAUGGCUCAUGACCCUGAAAAAGACCUUUGUGCUGGCCCCCAGCUCAGUUCUCCGCAUCAUUGUCCUCAUCACCAGUCUAGUUGUGUUGCCUUAUAUGGGGUAAGUCAACACUUCAGAGAACAGCACCAAGGUCACAAAGGUCAGCACUGUGACUCAGGCUUUUCAGUGUUACCUUCAUACAGUAGCGUGUGAUAUUCUGCUUAAUGUAUGUUUAUUAUUGUUUUUAUUUACAAGUCCACAAAAUAAUAUCAAAAGGGAUUCAACCCUCUGCUCCUGUAAACAAUAACUACAGCUGAAAAUUGAACACAAUGCUUUGAUAUUUCAGGGUUCAUGGGGCCACACUCGGGGUGGGAUCCCUGCUGGCCGGCUUCAUAGGGGAGUCGACAAUGGUUGCCAUAGCAGCGUGCUAUGUUUAUCGACAACAGGUGAGAACACCUGGGUUGAGGUCAUUGCCUCUAUCAGAGCACACGCCUUAUUCAGUGAUUUAUUUCAAACCACAGCUGCUGCAUGUGAAGCAGGUGUGUCCCUUAUUAUUACUGCUGCCCUGUUUGAUACAAAUGCAGUUAAUGAGAACCUAUUAUGAACACAUGAAUGAAAAAUGGCAAAAACACAAAUCUAUAAUUACACUCUGAGUGUGUGAAUUAAAAAAAGGUGAAUUAAAGGGCUCCUGUUAGAAACUGUCUGUUUGUGGAUGUACCUUGUUUCCUUAGAGCUGAUGCCAUGGUCUCCAUGGUUACUAAUAAGAAUGUCAAGAUUUGAUUUGUCAGAUUUAUAUUUGCUUUUUUUGGCCUGUCGCUUUUAUACUGAGGCUUCUUCAACAAUUUUCCUGAAUUUUUUAAAGAAAUUAUGUCCUGAAGAUGGUGACAUUUUAAAACUCUUUACAGUUUUAUGCCUCAGGAUAUUAAUCAAAAAUGGAACUACUUGCUCUCGCAGUUUCUCACAGAGUGUUGAACUUCUUGCCAUCUUUACCUUUAGACUUUUAUACUCUGUUAUGUAACAAUUUCAGUGUUUUGUCAUCUCUCUCCAAACUUUACUGAAGUACAUACAGUAAUCAGGGUAAUUUAGUACAAAUUGACACAAAUCUUUCUUUAACACCUGAUUUGGAAAUCCAAAGGCUGAGCUUUAACGUCCUGAACUGUUUUAUUUCUAUCUUUUCCAGAGUAAUUUUGAGGUUUCUCGAUGCUCUGAAGCAGAGGUGACUUUGUUUGGGUAUAUAAACUGUUGUUAAACCAAAGAAAGUUGUGUAAAGAUUACUUUGGUACAGAUUAAACAAACUAUAAAUAAGGUGUUAAUUAUUGAGCUCUGGAGGCGCCGGAAGGCCGAUUUUGUUCUCGUUUGGCCAAGCACAGCAAGCUUCUUACACUUCCUCUCAACUUUGUGCCAAGAUGAUUGCUUCCUCAUUGUGGUUGCAUAUUUGUAUUCCUCAAACGAAUUCUCCUCUAACUUCCCUCGACAUAAAAAAGUACCUGAAUACAUGUUCUGAAAACUUUUUUCUCGUGAGAGCCAAACGAGAAACAGCGUCCCCCUCAAUCUGCACCUUAAUGUCUCUAUUAACUUCCUAUUGGCAGAUCCGCUGUAAACUGAGCCAAAUCUUUCUAAUCUGCUAUGAGUGAGUGCUAAUCACCAGAAACAUAAUCAAGAGAGAUUUUCUGGUUUGCCAAGCUCCUACAGUAAAUACUUCCACAGAACACUCACAUUUGUCAGGGGUCAGAAAACAACAACAAUCUCAGCUGUCGUUUAAGCAGUGGUGGUUCUUUUAAAGAUCGUGUUUUUCAAUUUCUUUUGUUGCUGCAGAAAAACAGCGAGAUGUCCAAUGAGCUGGUGGUGGAGGGCGAGGACUCGGCCCCGAUGAGCGAGGUGUGUUCCAGGACUCAGAUGGACGCCAUCGAGGAGCUGCAAGAGGAAGAGGAGCAGGAGUGAGCCGCAGCAGGAGGAGGGAGGGGCAGGCCUCAUUGUGGAAUUUUAGCUUAAGGGGAGAGCUCAGAGUAUUACAGUGCGAAGAGGAGAGAGGACCUGUGGAUGGUUUGGUUUCUCCAGACAGACUAAACUUUGGAUACGAGUGACGAGGUCUGCUUGUGGACCUGCACACUGUUCAAAUGCACACUGUAAAGAAAGCCAUGCACCUCCAAGUGUUCAUCCAUCAGUGUAAAUAACUCUGUCUUCCGACCUUCAACACAUCAGCGGCUGUAUUAACCACUGUCGUGUGUCUACUGGUAUACAAGGGAAAAAAAAAAAAAACGACGCAGGAGAACUUUUCCUCCUCCGCAGCAUCAAGAAUGAAACAUCUGUCGAGUGGUAGUGGAGUUGCCAAAAUACAGAGUUUAUCAUUUUAUGUUAUUUUAUCAUGAUUAAGCAGCAAGGCCUUGCUUGAAUUCAAAUAUAGACAUGUUGUGGGACUUGUUGGGUUGUGCAAUCGUAUUUUACAUACAAUGGUGUACAGAUUAUUGUUGUUUUAUAUAGGUAAUGCAAUGUGUAUAUUUAAUGCCCAGAGGGGUCGGGAAUCCCUCGAUAUAUCAUUGCGUGUUACAGAAACAAUUCUGAUCGUUCACUUUCCAUGCAGUCUGGAAGUCCAUCUACUUCUGUUUUUGCCAAGCAUUUUCCUGGUAGUAUUCAGACUGUCCUACGUACUGUAUAUAAUGUAUAGGCAUUCUUAUUUGGCAAAUAAAUUGCUUUAUUAUUAACCUGUCUGUUUGGUCAACAUUGACUCUGCAUCGUUAUUGUUUGAUGUAUUGCUCAAUGACAACUAAAGGUGAUGAUUAAGACGAA